AGCGCACUUCAUUCUCUUGGUGGCAGGAAAGUAGAUCCGGUCAACCAAGGAGCAUAAAAGCAGCCGCCGCUGUCAGUUGGGUGGCGCUUUGAUUCCCUGCAAAGUUCAUCUCAAAGUCGUAAUCCCGAAGGCACCAAUCAUGUCGAAGUCUAAGGAGUCCUCCGUCAUCCACACCCAGCAGCUGCACGCCGCCAUGGCCGACACCUUCAUCGAGCACAUGUGCCUGCUGGACAUCGACUCGGAACCCGCUGUGUCCCGCAACACUGGCAUCAUCUGCACAAUCGGGCCUGCCUCUCGGUCUGUGGCCAUGGCCAAGGAGAUGAUCAAGGCCGGGAUGAACAUUGCAAGAAUGAAUUUCUCGCAUGGCACACAUGAAUACCAUGCCGAGACCAUCAAGAAUGUCCGUGAAGCAACUGAAAGCUUUGGAGCAGGCUCACUCAGCUAUAGGCCAGUGGCCAUCGCUUUGGACACCAAGGGACCAGAAAUCAGGACAGGGCUCAUCAGGGGUAGUGGCACCGCUGAGGUCGAGCUGAAGAAAGGCGACACCAUCAAGCUGACUCUUGAUGACAGUUACAAGGAGAACUGUGAUGAGGAGAUACUGUGGCUCGACUACAAAAACAUCACCAAGGUCGUUCAGAGCGGAAGCCACAUCUACGUCGAUGACGGACUGAUUUCCCUCAAGGUCACAGAAAUCGGUCACGACUACCUGAUGUGCGAGAUUGAAAACGGUGGAAUGUUGGGCAGCAAGAAAGGCGUCAACCUGCCCGGCGCUGCCGUCGACCUCCCUGCCCUGUCCGAGAAAGACCUUGACGACCUGAAGUUCGGUGUGGAGCAGGGCGUCGACAUGGUCUUUGCCUCGUUCAUCCGCAAGGCCGCCGACGUUCAUGCCGUCAGGAAAGCUUUGGGCGAGAAAGGCAAGGACAUCAAAAUCAUCAGCAAGCUGGAGAAUCACGAGGGAGUGCGCAGAUUCGAUGAGAUCCUGGAGGCCAGCGACGGUAUCAUGGUCGCCCGCGGAGAUCUAGGUAUUGAAAUCCCAACGGAAAAGGUGUUCAUCGCCCAGAAGAUGAUGACCGGCAGGUGCAACAGGCUGGGCAAGCCCAUCGUCUGCGCCACACAGAUGCUGGAGAGCAUGACCAAGAAGCCUCGUCCGACCCGAGCCGAGGCCAGCGACGUCGCCAACGCCGUGCUGGACGGCAACGACUGCAUCAUGCUGAGCGGGGAAACGGCCAAGGGGGACUACCCCCUGGAGGCAGUCCGCACACAGCAUCAGAUCGCCCGUGAAGCCGAGGCCGCCAUGUUCCACAGGCAGAUGUUCGAAGAGCUGCGUCGCACCUCCCACCUGACCCGCGACCCCACGGAAACCGUCGCCAUCGGUACAGUGGAGGCGUCCUUCAAGUGCUGCGCCAGCGCCAUUAUCGUGCUCACCAAAACCGGCAGGUCUGCUCACAUGCUAUCCAGGUACAGGCCCCGUGCACCCAUCAUCGCCGUAACCCGUUGCGGUCAGGCGGCGCGCCAGGCUCACCUCUACCGCGGAAUUUACCCCGUGCUCUACACCAAACCCGCCAACGACGUCUGGGCCGAGGACGUCGACCUGCGAGUCAACUUUGCCCUAGAAGUUGGCAAGCACCAGAAGUUCUUCAAGAGUGGUGACGUAGCCCUCGUUGUGACCGGCUGGCGUCCAGGUUCCGGUUACACCAACACCAUGAGGGUGGUCCUCGUGCCUUGAGCUCCAUCUAAGGACAAUAUUGAUCUGCUCCCUCAUGCAAACAUCCUUUUCCUCAACGCAGGCCACUCAGCCGAAAAGAUGCCCAAUGAUUUUUUUUCGGUCAUGUACAAAAUUAAUUGUAUAAAUUGCGCUGCUGACAUUCUUCUGUCAUGUGCGAUUUCCAAAACAAAUCGAUCACCCUAAACACAGCAUACUGUACCUAUUGGUGAUUUACUGUAAUUGAUGGUCCUUCUAGUAACCAACUGUUGCAAUAAAUCUCACAGGAGUACGGUAAAUUGUCCUAUUUGUGAAAAAAAAAUCAUCCACGGCAUAGUGACCAAGAUUUAUGAUAACAACUAAUAAAAAGAACUCUUGAUUUGUG